UGUAACUCUUUGGGGCCAGGGGAAAAAAAUCGCACAGGCAUCUGACUCUGGGCAAUAACGUUUAAACUCAACCCCGGCUGAGCGCCCACGUCAUCAAACCCUGACGCAGUGGUGGGAAGGAGUCAGGCGGCACGAGGACAGCCCCGGAGUGCCGAAAGGCCCCAGCCCGCUUUCCUCCGGUGAAGACGUAGCUGCGGGUGGCUGUGGUGGUGGCGGCGUUCAAGAUGUCGACCAAGAAUUUCCGAGUCAGUGACGGCGACUGGAUUUGCCCUGACAAAAAAUGUGGAAAUGUAAACUUUGCCAGAAGAACCAGCUGUAAUAGAUGUGGUCGGGAGAAAACAACUGAGGCUAAGAUGAUGAAAGCAGGGGGCACUGAAAUAGGAAAGACACUUGCAGAAAAGAGCCGAGGUCUAUUUAGUGCUAAUGACUGGCAGUGUAAAACUUGCAGUAAUGUGAAUUGGGCAAGAAGAUCAGAGUGUAACAUGUGUAAUACUCCAAAGUAUGCUAAGUUAGAAGAAAGAACAGGAUAUGGUGGUGGUUUUAAUGAAAGAGAAAAUGUUGAAUAUAUAGAAAGAGAAGAAUCUGAUGGCGAAUAUGAUGAGUUUGGACGUAAAAAGAAAAAAUACAGAGGGAAGGCAGUUGGUCCAGCAUCUAUUUUAAAGGAAGUUGAAGAUAAAGAAUCUGAGGGAGAAGAAGAGGAUGAGGAUGAAGAUCUUUCUAAAUAUAAAUUGGAUGAGGAUGAGGAUGAAGAUGAUGCUGAUCUCUCAAAAUAUAAUCUUGAUGCCAGUGAAGAAGAAGAUAGUAAUAAAAAGAAAUCUAAUAGACGAAGUCGCUCAAAGUCUCGAUCUUCACAUUCACGAUCUUCAUCACGCUCAUCCUCCCCCUCAAGUUCAAGGUCUAGGUCCAGGUCCCGUUCAAGAAGUUCUUCCAGUUCGCAGUCAAGAUCUCGUUCCAGUUCCAGAGAACAUUCGAGAUCUCGUGGGUCGAAAUCAAGAUCCAGCUCCAGAUCCCACAGGGGCUCUUCUUCCCCACGAAAAAGAUCUUAUUCAAGUUCAUCAUCUUCUCCUGAGAGGAACAGAAAGAGAAGUCGUUCUAGAUCUUCAUCUGGUGAUCGAAAAAAAAGACGAACAAGAUCACGGUCACCCGAAAGGCACCACAGGUCAUCUUCUGGAUCAUCCCAUUCUGGUUCCCGUUCAAGUUCAAAAAAGAAAUAAUGUAUUAAAAUUUACAUCUUAAAAAAAAAAUCCAGUACAGUGCAUGAAGCAUAUUUUUUAAGAAGUUGGUGUCUUACUUGGUCAAAAGUGCUAAGUCUUCUAGUAGAGGUGCAUGCCUUUCAUUGCUUUUCAGAACAAUACAGCUGUGUUUAUUUGUGAAAUUAAAAGUAAAUAGUAUUUUAAGCCAUAAUGUCCCAAAAUAGUUGCUCUAUUUAUCAUUCUUUAUUUACAGCCUUUUUUUUUUUUAAACCAUCUCAUCUAUAACAAAGUACUUUGUUUCUUUUGGUUUUUGUUUUUGUUUUUACUUUGUUUCCUAAUUUGAACUCAUGUUUUUCUCAUUUCCAAAUAGGAAUUAUUUAGUGACUUAAGGUUACCUUAGGCUUGCCUGAACUUUGGGCAUAGAGGCAAGACUGUGGUGAAGUAGUUGGAAACAGUGUGUUUAUGUUAAUCUGAGAAAAGGAGUCAGCCUCUUUAUGUUAACCUGUGUCAAAGUGAUUCUUCUCAGAAAAAAUUAAACUAAUUGUAAAACAGCCAACUAGAAACUUCAUUCUUAAAUUCCCUAUGCUAAGGGUGCCUUAGAAUCAUUGUCUGUCUGUUACUCAGUUUUGUUUUUUGCACCACAUUUAAUGCAGAAAAAUCUUGUGAAUUGUAGAAGGAGAAAGGUGUUCCAUAUUUCUCACUCUCUGACACACAAUUUUGAGCAAGAAUAUCUAAUAGUCAUUUCUAAUCUGAUGGUUGUCUGAUGAGAAAAACAUCUUAUUUCAAAAUGUUUAUCUUAAUAUUUUAAGAAGCUUUGUGUGAUGUCUUUUAAAAAUCCAGUUAUCAUACAUGAUAGGGUAGACAAAGCUAAAUUAUAGUUAAUGAAGAAAGCUUCUGAAAUAUAGUUCUCUUUGGGUGAAAGACCAACAAAGACAUGGUUAAUUUAAACAAACCUUUGCUGUGAGAUGUUUAACUUUAAACAUUUCAUAAAAUUUUCUUGAGUAAUAAAUGAAUAUUUAUUUCUGCACGACACAAGCAGAAAUAAUUGUUCCUGUUCACUUGAAAUUACUUAUGGCUUAAAAUACUUUUGAGUUUGUUUUAUUUCUCAAAAUUAAAAUCUGGUCGAGCUUUAUUAUGUCUUUUGGUUUAAAAACAAAAGGUUUCUCUUAACAGUAUCUUCAGUGACAAUGCAAGGUAAGUAUGUUAAGGAAAAUCAGCAGUUGUGCUUGAGGACUUUUUGUCAUGGGGAUUAAUACCCAUUAUUCUUGUUCUGUUUUGGGGGGGGGGGUUUGAACAGUAAUGUCUGCUGCAAUUAAAAACUAAAAUGCUUUAAGGUAUUUUGUAGACAGACCAAACAAAAUUAUAUUUGUUUCUUUAUUUUAAAAUGAGUGAUUUUUUCUCUUGAUCUAAAGAUGAAAUCAAAAUAUCUUAUGUAGAAAUAUUUUGAUAAUAUUUUUACAAUGAACUUGCCCCUUAUUUUUUUGUCUUAAUUUCCUUUCCUACAUUUAUUGUAGUUUGCACAAGAACUUUUCUCUCUUAUAAUUGUGCCUCAGACUUCUUGAAAGUCCACUUCCUAAAAUGCCCAGAUGAUCUUUUAGAUUCUACAUGUUACUAUUGGUUUAUUCUUGUGCUUUCUGUAUUUAAACUUUGGCUGUACUAAGUAAAUGCAAGAUUAUAAAUUUAGCUAAUAGUUGUUUACAGACAAUUCAGAUGAUUAUGAUUUCAUUUGGUUUAUCUAAGCUGUAGUAGUCCAUAAGGAAAUGAUGCUGUAGACAAAUGUAAAUAAAGCUUGUGAGUCAAGCAUUAAGUGGUGUUUGUUAGAAAUAAAUUAGAAUUUUUAAAUGCUGAUUUAAUGUUCAUUUUUAAAGCUAUUUGCAGUCUUGUUUGUUACUUCUUAGUGUGCAUUUUAAACUCUUUAUAUUCACUUACCCUGUAUAUAACGUCAUAUUUUCAUAUAGGAGUGCUUGAUUUAAAACAUUACAAAGCAUUAUCACUAACACCUUGGGUACUCAAAAAUUUUUGAGACUUUUUAAUGUAGAUUUUAAAUUAGUUUAAUACUUUCUACCAGAACACUACAUAUCUAUUUCAUAGCACACCAUAGCAUGCUUCCUGAAUUACUUUUUUUUUUUUCAGAGAUGGAGAGAGAGAGAUAGAAACAUCAAUGAUGAGAGAGAAUCACCCAUCAGCUGCUUCCUGCAUGCCCCACACUGGUAAUCGAGCCCACAACCCAGGCAUAUGGCCUGACUGGGAACAGAGCCUGUGACCUCCUGGCUCUUAGAUCAAUGCUCAACAACUGAGCCAUGCUGGUCAGGUUCUGAAUUACUCUUAAAACUCACUUUAUUGCACUCAAUAACUGUUCUUUUUAACUGCUAAGUUAUCUUAACUUUCUAUUUGCAGUCCUUUCACCAAGUUCAAAGUAAGUCCUAAAUGUAAGACCAUCU